CGUGGGGGUGUUCGCCUGAUGUCAUUUGGCAGAAAGGGAGGCUGAGCUAACGGUGGCACAACAAUAAACGUUACCGCUUUAAACCGUCCACACCGGGACUCGAACCGUCUCUUUUUGGGGAUUUAAACACGCAGCCGUGUGAAGGAGAAGGAGACGAAGGAGAAGAGGAGGAGGUGAAGCUAGUGGACUGGAAGCACCAGAUGGUUUUCCAGCGGAGAACAGGCUCGAAUAAGCAAGAAGAGGGUGAUGGGUUCUGGUUUUCCUGACGGCUAAACUAAGAAACACGGAGACCUGCGGACUGAGCGGGGACUUGCUCUCCUUUUCUCUCCUGUUUGUGUGACAUUGUGUGUGAAAUGUUCGCUCCGUCUCGGCCGUCGAGCCUCUGGGCCGCAGCUCGGCACACCGAGCCCCAAUCUGGGCAGUAAGCUAAGCUAAGCCGCCUGCUGGCCGCCGCAGCUGUACCCGAUGCUGCUGCUGCUGCGGCUGCUGCUGCUGCUAAACACGUCCGAAAGACGACACGGUCAGCGGUUCGAGCCCCCCCCUACCCCACACCCCCACACCCCGGGCGCUCCGUGAGCUAUUGUUUUACCCGACUGGACUACAAAAAGGGCAUUUGAGAUGUGAUGCAUUUGUCGUUUUUGAGCCUUUUGUAGCGGCAGGCUCAACGCAAAAGGAGCUAACUUUGCUGCAAAAUGCACAGCAGAACCACAACCACAGCAGCAGCAGGAGCAGCAGCAGCAGCAGCAGGGUCCUGUUGAAGGGGGCGAGGUUAGACUGAUAACAGCCCACCCUGUGUCUCCAAACUCGGGGUCAUAUUUUGGACAACGACCACCUCUACCACCAUCACACUUUCCCACGACACAAGCGGUCCAGGCGCGGAGAGAGCUAUUGUUUUACCCGACUGGACUACAAAAAAGGGGCAUUUGAGAUGUGAUGCAUUUGUCGGUAUUGAGCCUUUUGUAGCAGCAGGCUCAACGCAAAAGGAGCUAACUUUGCUGCAAAAUGCACAGCAGAACCACAACAGCAGGAUCCUGUUGAAAGGGGGCGAGGUUAGACUGAUAACAGCCCACCCUGUGUCUCCAAACUCGGGGUCAUUUUUUGACAAAGACCACCUCCUCCACACUUUCCCACGACAUUCACCGGCGAUAUGGAUAAACUAACCAUCAUUUCAGGGUGCCUCUUUCUGGCUGCGGAUAUCUUUGCAAUAGCCAGCAUUGCAAACCCAGACUGGAUCAACACUGGCGAAUCAGCAGGUGCCCUCACAGUCGGUCUAGUUCGACAAUGUCAGACGAUCCACGGACGAGACCGGACCUGUAUCCCCCCUCGGCUGCCUCCAGAGUGGGUCACCACGCUCUUCUUCAUCAUCAUGGGCAUCAUCUCCCUCACAGUCACCUGUGGACUGCUGGUGGCGUCACACUGGCGCCGGGAAGCCACCAAAUACGCUCGAUGGAUCGCCUUCACCGGCAUGAUCCUGUUCUGCAUGGCGGCGCUCAUCUUCCCCAUAGGCUUCUACAUCAACGAGGUGGGGGGCCAGCCGUACAAGCUGCCCAACAACACGGUGGUGGGCUCCUCCUACGUGCUCUUCGUCCUCUCCAUCUUCUUCACCAUAGUGGGACUUCUGUUUGCAGGCAAAGUCUGCCUCCCGGGCUGAGGCCUGGACCCGCCCGCCUCCGGACCGACACGAGAGGCUCUGAAUAUUUUACGGGAUUUACAACAAAAACACACGACAAACGACUGAAAAAUCUAAAAAAACAGCAAACUGUGGGCCCCCCGGCCCCGGGAAGCCUGAACACAGGGGAGGAAGUCUUUGAGUUUGUGUCAAAGGAGCGCGGCACUACGGAGAACCUAACGACUAAAACAUGAAAAAGAAGCAAAACACUAAAAAGAAGAACGGCGAGAACGGAGAACGGAGGAGGGAGGGGCUGUCGCAGCACCCUGCCACUGUUGAUUUAAAACAUGGCCGUCUCUGUUGUUGUUCUGUUGGAAAAGGGUGCUUAAUGUGCUGCUGUCAUGGCAACCGCAGCCACAAUGCUGGCGCACAUUUCUUCAGGACCACUGCAGCCACUUGACCCCCGGCCCCCCGCCCGCCCGCCCGCUGCACCGCCCGCCGCCGCCGCACACAUCUGCGCCGUCACGACUGCUCCUGUUGCUAUUUUGGGCUUCUAUUAGCUAUUUUCAGUUGUGUGUUUUUCUGUUGUUGUACAUUAUUUUGUGUUCUUUUCCCCCCUUCUGCCCCCACAAACAGCCGCCUUUCCACUGAAGUAGCUCGAGUGUAAUGGGGGUUCACUGAACUGAGGGGAAAUGGGGGGGGCGGGGCUUAUUCUCGCCUGUCACUCAACGAGGCCCCAGGUGUGUGUGUGUGUGUGUGCGUGUGCGUGCGUGUGUGUGUGUGUGUGUGUGUGGCAGCUGUGGGAGCAGCUGUCUGGGCGGCUCACAGGCUGCACACAAGGUGCAAGUGUGCCUCCUUUUACUCCCCAACCAGCUGCAGGAGCAGGUAGCAACAAGGAGGAGGAGGGGGGGGGCACCUCCUCCCUCCCUCCCUGGGCAGCAGAGCAGGAGGUGGAGCACCGUAAAGGAGAAUGCCACUCAAUGUAAGAGCUCACAUUAUGUUAUUUAUAGGGACAGCAACAAUAUUUAGAGAGCUAUUCUGCACACACUGUAAACAAGGUGUGUGUGAAAACCAGAUCAAACAGUAAAUCUGAGGGAAAUGAUCUUGCUGCAUGGACAGAUAAUUUACCUUGCCAAGAUUUAUUAAAUUAAGAUUAUUAAAUCUAGAAAUAAGCAUGUUGAACACUUAAAAUAAGAAAUGAACUCUUAAAAGAAGAAUAAAACCACAUAAAACUAGAAUAAAACCAAAAUAAAACCAUUUAAAACCAAGAGAUUUCUUAAAUUAAGAUUAUUAAAUCUAGAAAUAAGCAUGUUGAACACUUAAAAUAAGUAAUUAACUCUUAAAACCAGAUAAAUUAAAGCUGCCAGCAGUGAUGAACUGGCCCGAGCAGAGUGACCUGAUGAUUAUUUGGUUCUUACCAAGAUAAAAAAAACUUUUUGUGUCUUUUUUUUGUGUUUUAAAAAAAUAUAUAUUUUUAUGUCUUUUUUGUGAUUUUACGUCUUUUGCUUAUUUUUGGUCAUUGUAUGUCUUUUUGUGUCUUUUUUGUCUCUUUUUUUUGUCUUUUUUUGGCCUUUUUUGGUCUUUCUUGGGUCUUUUUUUGGUCUUUUUGUGUCUUUUUACAUCUUCAUUUGGUCACAAAAUGACCAAAAAAGACAAAAAAUUUACAAAAGGGAUGAGCAGAGUGACCUGAUGAUUAUUUGGCUCUUACUUAGCUAAUUUAUCUUAAGAUUUAAGAGUUAUUUGUUAUUUUAAGCGUUCAACAUGCUUAUUUCUAGAUUUAUGCCCUGCUUAGCCUGCUGCCCCCGCGACCCGGCCCCGGAUAAGCAGAGGAAAAUGGAUGGAAUUUAAAAAAUCUUGUCAAGUUAAAUCAUCUGUCCAUGCAGCAAGAUCAUUUCCCUCAGAUUUACUGUUUGAUCUGGUUUUUAAACACCUUUUUUGCAGUGCAUGACACAUCUUUUGCCAAUAACUAUAAGACUGUGAAUUAAGCAAAUAAUCAUGUUAACAUAAACUCACCUCUUGUAUUCGUAGGAAUAACUCUGUUAAAUCUAGCCUCAAACACAGUGA